AUUUAUGAAGGGCAGUGACAUCCCGGGAAGGAAAAUAGUGACGGACCAAUAUGGCGGCGCACGAUAACAGCGACUUUUAUAUUGAACGGUAAAACUAGUUACGAUUGAUUUUUAUUAAAUGUGGAUGAUAGCCACUAUUAUCCGCGUUAGGUCUUAUACAUUAGUUUACCACAGGGAACGCGCUUGUAGUAGUUUAGAAGGCCGUAACGCACUCUUGAGCAAUGUGGGGUGAAAUUGAACCUCCCGUUAAAGUACAACCAACGCCGUCUGAUAAAUGUGUUAAAGAUGACCACCAGCACACCAUCCCUGAGAGCCCGUUGAUACUUCCCCAUAUUCCUCACUUUGACCAUCCAAAACAACUCCAAGAUACUCAGGUGUCCCAAGAUGUCCCCGCUGAUGUCCACUCUUUGUUGGAAGCUGUCGUUGCGAGUGGAAGCCAAGUGAAGAGUCAGCAGAUAGGAGAUGCGGAGCUGACAACAGAGGAGCGUAGAAAGGAGCUACUUCGUCAGUACAAGAGCAAACCACUGGUCUUCCUGGAGCGCUAUCAUAGAUGCCUGAAGCCUGUGCAUCUGCCAGCUUUUGCCCAUGUCAGCACUGACCCACGGGCUCAGCACUAUAGUGAAGUGAUCCUGAGGCAAGCAGCAGGAAACACACACAAGACGCAAGUCCGAAACCAGCGCUAUGCUGCGCUCAGGGCCCUCCAAAGAGAGGGUCAAUAUUUCAGUGAAGAACAGAUGCGAACGAGGGAACCGCUGCUGUAUGAACAAUAUAUUGGACAGUACCUAACUGAUGAGGAGGUGAUGGAGCGCUCCCACGAGGCCAUGUUGGGAGAUGCACAGGAAGUACAGGAGACGUCAGUGGGAGCCCGAGGAGGCCUGACACACCUUCUCCUCAACUCCUACCAAGAGCGUCUCAUCCAAAGUCGUCUGCAGGAGGAGCAGGAUAGAGAGGACGGUGCACGUGAGGAGGAGGAGGAUGAGGAGGAUGAAGACGGAAUCCACGAGAAGGCUUGGGAGCCAACCUCUGAGGAGAAAGCACUACUCCGGGAGGAGUUCAUUAGUCAGAUGCACCAUCGGUUCCUUGAUGGUAAAGACACGGACUUCAACUACAGUGAAGUGGAUGAGAACCCCGACUAUGACAACCUCGACAUCGUCAACAGAGAUGCAGAGGAAAAGUACUUUGAUGAAGACGAUGAGGAAGAAGAAGAAGAAGAAGAACAAGAAGAAAUUAUGGCAGAAUAGUGACCACAGGGAUGAAAAAUCAUAAAGUUAAGUGGUCUGUUUAUGUUGAACACCAAUGCAUAUACUUGUAAUACGUAAUAAAUGUUGAUUUUUGUAUUUUU